ACUUACACACGUCGUACGCAAGAGUCGUACGUCUAAAUUGUGAUAAAAAUUCGCUCAAAGAUAACCUGUCAAUGUUAUACGAUAAUCGCGAGUGUCCUAGAACUAGUGAGAAUACGUGCCAACUGACAGUACGGAAAGACAUCGAGGUAAUAUUCGACGCGUAAACAGAAUACGCAAGCCUCAUUUCGCAAAGGAAUGUAGGGUGGUUGUCGGACAGGUUAGAUCUAAUUGGACCACAUUGGCGAUGGCAGAUGCUUCAUUGAAUGACGAGAUUGCAAAUCCUGCACAAACGACUGCAGCGAUGCCGCAUAGAAUCAGCAUCAAUACCGUGAGACAGCCGUCCAGUUUGUUGAUGACUCACACUACCGGGCACACUGAACUAUCAGCCACGCCGUCAGUGAGCAUAGGAGGUCUCAAUUUUAGCGGGCGUACCGCGGAACAGUCAAGAAUUUUUGCAGACAACAUUUCGACUGCAUUUCAAGAAAUUCGACCACUCCUAGAACAAGCCAGAGCGCCACAUGGAAUUGUCCUAACGUCAUGGUUGAAUGGCCAAACGCAACAAGAGACCCCGCCAUCUGCGGCAGACAGUUAUGUGAUAAACCUAAAUGAUCAGCCAUCGACUAGCAACAUAGGAUCGUCACACCACCAAUCCACCCAUGAUCAUCAUCAUCAUCAUCACAGAACUGCGACAGACAAUUUUUUGAACAACAUAAGAGAAGCGGCAAAUGCAGAAAGUCAGAAUAACAAUAAUAAUGCCGAAGAAGGGGCAACGGAUGCCCGGCAUAUUAGUCCUGAAACAAGAGCUUUGUUAGAAAUUUUACAACAAUAUGUUCCAUUUGUGUUGAUACUCCUUGCAAAAUGCAUUUAUGAUCACCGAGCUGGGAUAUUACAUUUUUUAGCUUUACUAGUAACAUUUAUUCAUACCAAUAAUAAUCUAAAACUCGAAAUAGCCAAACAAGAAAAUAGAAGUCGUAUGGUACUGUUAGUUGUUCUAUUUUAUAUACUUGGUUGUAUCGUUUUUAUCGAUUAUAUGUCCGAAGAACAUAAAUUGUAUUUGAGCUUGGUUUUGAUACCGUCUUAUACGCAACCUAUUACACUCUGGGAGUUACUAUGGUCACUCGCAAUUACAGAUUACAUAUUGAAACUGAUUACUAUUGUCUUCAAAGCUAUUUUGACUUGUCUGCCAGUCAGGAUACUUGCAUUUCAGAAGCGAGGUAAAUACUAUCUGAUGAUAGAAGCCACUUCGCAGUUGUAUCGAUCUAUUGCGACCAUUCAACCUUGGUUAUAUUAUUUGCUAGAAGCAUACCAAGGCCCGGAAAAGGUUUUGGGAGUAUUUUUAUCAGCGGCAUAUAUGGUUAGCAAAGGGAGUGAUCUGGUAUCGCGAGGAAAACUGUUUCGCACAGCUGCAUGGAAGUUGCUUCAAAACGUAAACAUAGGUGUGUCACCGUCGAAGGAACAGCUAACUGCAGCUGGGGGGAUAUGCGCCAUUUGUCAUGAAGAGUACGCAACACCUGUCAGAUUACGUUGCAAGCAUAUUUUUUGUGAAACAUGCGUGUCAACUUGGCUGGAUCGAGAGUCUACCUGUCCAUUGUGUCGUGCACCAAUCACAGACGACCCAGUUUACCGCGACGGCCAUACCACAUCUUUCAUUCAGUUAUAUUAACUUCUUGUCUUAUAUUUAAGUAAAGUUAUUUGUAUGAACUUUUUCUGAACACUGAAGUGUUCUAGAUAUUAUUCAAGCAGUAACAAACUCGGGAACAAAAAUUAAAUAGCAUUGAGUUCUUGCGUCAUGGACUACUACUACCUAAGAUUCCAAGAUUGGUGCACUUAGUCGAAAAUGUUGAAUGUUUUCGAGAUAAAAAAAAUAUAUGUUCAAUUUUACCGAAAGUAAACUUCAGGUGUCGGAAAAUUGAAAUAACCAGCUAAUAUAUUAGAGUUUGAAUUGUUAGUAAGAUUGAUAAAUAAAAAGGUAGUGCAAGUGUUGGUCCAACUUUGUACAGAAAACAAAAUGCGGUUCGUAUGAAUUGCAGCUAGAUUGACUUCAAGUGUUUUGCACUGGUGGCGGGAUGACCGAAAAGUUUGAUCUAUGUGUCUAAAUGCCUCUCGUACUUUGCUUUAUUAUGCAUUAAAAGCAUUCAGAGUUCAAAUGAAAAAGUUAAAAAUUAAAUUAAAUUUGAGGUUUGACACGGAGGAUUAUGAUCUUGUAAAAUAUCUUGUAUAUACAUAAAAAGAAAGAUUUUAACCGUAUUAAUAAUGAAAAGAAACUAAACUAUUUUAAUGCUCGUUUCAUGGAAUAGUAUUAGUUGUUAAGAUUCUAAAUCAUUUGUUUACGUCAUCUUUUCAUUAUCAAAAAGCUCAAUCACUUACUACUGAUUGAAUACAGGCGAUCGAUGCAAAAUGGUACCAUAUCUUUACUCAUAAUAUGCGAUUAUUCAACACGAAUUUAAAUAGAUUAUGUAACCAUAUUAUGAUUUUUCAACGGGUAUUGUAUUGAUAUUUAUCUAUAUAUUUUUUAAACCGAUGCAUAGUUAUACUGUCAACAGUCAUCAAACUGACACUAUCGACAAUCCAUGUUCUUCAAAUAUAGUAUUAUGUCUGUUACACUGAAUAUUGCGUUGUCAUUCUCACAUCUAUAACAGAUCAUCAA